AUGGCCCCCAUCCUCCACGCUCCGCUACAACACUCGUCUUUCAGCCUCGAUGCGUCUGGUGUAGCAGGCUUCUUCGGUGGCGAUGAGGCCAUCUCCGCCAUGUCCACUGUUCAUCUCUUCAAGGGUCGCCGGUGGGUUGGCUGGUUCAACUCGCCGGGUAGCUACACCAUUGGGAAAUGUUAUGGCUGUCUCGCCAACUCGCGCUGGUGGGACGGUCUGUUCCCGGGCCCAAACCACUCUCCUGCAAAAACGUUCGGCCUGGAUGGGAAGAAGGGUCCAAAUUAUGUUGGCACCUGUUCAGGUACCAGGAUGAGGACUACCCACCUCGGUCACCUGUUCAUGGAUAAAUGCAGGGAGAGGGAAUGGAAAGUGGUCGAAGUGCGUGGCAGGCGCAGGACAACUCCAAGCACAGUUUCCGUCGUCGAGCUUGGCCACAUUCCAAGCACCGAGCAUGUAUCCAUCGGACCUAUCGAUUCUGCCCUCUAUGCCCUCAUUCCUAUCUUCGUCAGCGUUACGACAUGCGCUUUGUGUGCCCUCGUGGAGGAUUGGUGGGCUUCCUCCAUGAUCCUGCUCGGUAUCGUUGCAGGCGGCGUAUCCUGCUUCGUGAUUGGCUCUGGGAAAGUCACUCUUGACUGGCACAACAGGCCUUCUCCGGGUGUGCCUCCCGGUGAUGGCUUCCUGACCAGUACCGAGAACAGCGACAUAGCGGUCGUACUCGGCCGAGAAGAAGUGGUCAACGUGCUCACCAAAGGGCGGUUCAAGAUCAACCUGCAGGGCGGUCCGGAGUAUCGUCUCGUGGGCCUCGCCGCGUUGAUUCUCGAGACCCAGUUCUUCUUUCAGCUACUUCUUAUUCCCCAAGCGACGCUCUUCGGACAGAUCAUGUUCGUCGCCUCGCUCGCCGUCUCUUGGGUGUAUACAUCGUACCUUUCAUCGAAGGAGAAGGAGAAGAUACAGGCAGAUAUCCUGUGGGGCGCGUUUAAGAAACCACAGGUUCGGAGGUAUUCGUUGGGCACGCGGGGCGAGUCUGCGACGUUCACCACCCUCGUUCUCAACCCUACGGAUCCGGAGAAAGUGCUGGCAGAGUUCGUACCGAACGACACCAGGGUGUGGAAGAAGUGGAGGAAGACUGUCUCCGACGGGAUCAAAGGUGGUGAACUCAGAUUUGGCCCCGCCGACUGGAACCUCAAUGAUUUGGAAAAAGACGAGAAGCAGUUAUACGAAGGCCUCCUAGGUUCUGCAGAGGAUGCCUACCACGGAUAUCUAGGCUAUCUCGACGAUUUAAAGAGGGCAAAGGAGGAGGAAGCGAAGGAAAAGGAGAGGCAGGCGCCGCAGAGGAGCAUGACGCAGGCAACGUCGAUGUCGAUGUCGACACUGGUUUCUUCAGGAAGAACGUCCAUGGAGUCAAUGGAAAAGAAGAUAAGAAAGUUCACAAGAUCGAUGUCGACGUUGAUCCCGCCGCGGAGACCAUCCGAGUCGGACCUUGAGAAGGGGGAGGUCUCAGAGUCGGACACGGAGACGAAGCAGGCCUACGACUCCGAGAAUAGUUUAGUCUCAUCAUGA